AUGAUCUUCCCGAGGAGAAUACGAAAUAAGUAUGGCAGGGGAGCAGAGUCGUCCCAACGGGCGCUAGUAAAACUGGAAGUUAAACUUGCGAAACUGAAAAACACAAAAGUGUUCCUUCUGAACUGCCGGCGGCUGAAACUGAUACCGUCGUUCCUGAAUUUCACCAUUCACAUCUGUGUGGAAAACAGCAUAUCAGCUGUCAAGGUGAACAAACUGGUAGUCAGGUUCAAACAACAACUACUCAGCGCACUGAUCUCGGACACCAUCACCAGCAUCAGCCGGAUCAAGCGAGCAGCAGAAGCGAGUCAAAACAAGCUCGAAAGAAUUGUCGAACCAGCUGAUUUCGAGCAAUGUGUGCGGUACGUUGCAAUCAAGCACAAACACGCCUUUGAACGCUACCGAAACCGCCAGCGCACGAAACUAGAGAAGUUGAAAACAAAUCAGAUCACCCAUACUACGUCACCCGAGAAUUGGGUUCUGAACUGCACAGACGAAAUAAUUCCCGAUUUCGUAACACGAUCGCUACAGCUUGGAAGUGGAUACAACACCCCAGAUCCACAUUCGGCUCCCUAUGUGAAAGCACUGUCGGAGAUUGAAUCCGCAGUACAACGUCAUUCUUCCGCUGACGUCAUCCGUCAUGACGUGUCGAAUGCCAUCAUCAAUCACAUCAACUACACCAAACAACCGUUCGUCGAUGAACACGAAGCAAUGCGUAAACAGAUACAGAAAUCCAAAAAGUAUCUCAGGGAAAGAGACGACCUCGUCGUCACCAAAGCGGAUAAGGGGAAGACUGUUGUGGAGAUGAAGAGGGACGAGUACGACGACAAAAUGCAAACACUAGUCAACGACAGCGACACGUACGGGCCGAUUGCAAGCGAUCCCACCAAGAAGACGCUGAAGGAGAUCAAUGCACUCAUUGAUAUUUGGCAUGAGAAAGGUUUCAUCCCGAAUUCAGAGCGAAUGAAACUAAAGGUUUUCAACUGUAAUCCUCCCCGGGUGUAUGGUCUACCUAAAACACACAAAGACGGUAGACCACUGAGGAUUAUAAACUCCGCCAUCGGCACAGCAACGUAUAAGAUGGCAAAAAUACUUAAUCACGUGACUGGCAAAACGGAACACCACAUCACAAACAGUUUCCAGUUUGCUGAGGAGAUGCGUGAGCAGCAAAUAGGCGAGGAGAGCGUGCUGUCUUCUCUGGAUGUGGUUUCUCUUUUCACCAACGUACCGGUUGAUUACGCACUGGAAUCGAUACGUCUGAGGUGGGACGAAAUAAAAAACCACACCACGCUGGACGAAGAGAGCUUCCUCGAAAUGGUAGAGAUUGUAUUGGAUUCUACGUUCUUCCAGUACCAAGCAAACAUUGUACUGGAAUGA